UCGCAAGACGUUUCAUUCGAAACCAUUGUUUUCGAUUACAAAGGCAUUGUCAUUUAAUGAUGUCAGAACGAACAGGACACGAUUGUCCUUAGAGGAUCACGCGAAUUCCACUUUCACAUCCUACAGAACUGACGCAAUUGAUGAAACCUUUCGUUUAUUCGACUCGACCUUAACCAUUUCCGUUUCUCUCUCUUCUUCGUGCUCGCCUAACUUUCUAAAGUUUUUCUGCUAAAACAGUCAUUCUUGAACAUGUUUUUGUAGGGAACACAUUUAUUCAGAAUGACAUUUUUACAUUGUAAUAAAGAUGACUCAUUUUGUAGAGGUAGAUACUUUCGUAUUUUUGAGAAACAAAUCUUCGUCCAUUAAUAACUAUAGUCGUACGUUGUAACGAGUACUCUAUAAACAAGAUGCGUGAUAAGAAAAUUCGAAACCUUAGGAAGAUUCUAUCGUAGAAAAUUCGCAGAGCGUUUCAGGUCAACGAGGCAAUUACCGAGACUUCAUUAAAAUCGGAGCAUGUUUAUCGUCUUUGUCUGCGCAACGGUGUCAUUACCUCGGAUUUAGAGGAGCCUUCAAGAUACAGUUCGCUCUUCAUCGCGAAGAGCAUUAUGUAGAUAACAUUGAUAAGUGUCGCGAAGUAAUGAGUUCUUAUGCGACUUCGCGGCAUCUCGUAGUCCAGUAAAAUGGGUGAUCCCGAGGAGUUCCACGAAACCACGAUCCUGUGGGAUAAUUUAACGGUGAUCGUAUCUCCGAAACGCGGAUUAUUGCGGAAGAUUUAUCGAAGAUUUGCUACGAGUCCGUUCGAGGAAUCGUUAACGAUACUGAAAGGAGUGUCUGGUUGUGCAGUGACGGGGAACCUUAUUGCGAUAAUGGGACAUAGUGGUGCCGGUAAAACAACUUUCUUGACCACCCUCGCCGGAAGGGUUGCACCGACGCUGGGCUCGAUAAAAAUAAACGGCGAGGUUGUCCCGCGAGAAAUUCUGUCCAAAAUAUCCGGCUAUUUGCCUCAAUUCGAUGCAUUGCCGACAUAUCUCACCGUCGAGGAACAUUUACUGUUCACGCACGCCCUGAAGACGGACCACGAUUCGAAACAGAGGAAAUGUCAAAUAUUGAAACUAUUAUUCGAUCUGGGUCUGAUCGAUUGUAAGGAUACGUUGAUAUCGAGAUUAUCUGGUGGUCAAAGGAAACGAGUUUCCCUGGCUAGCGAAUUAAUCACUAAACCGAAGAUACUUUUUCUGGAUGAACCGACAACUGGCUUGGACACGUUCUCUGCGAUGCAAGUCGUGCAGACGCUCAGAGGAACGAGUUUAGGUACGAUCAUCUUUUGUACGAUACAUCAACCUUGUAUGGACGUGUACAAUCUUUUCACUCGGGUUUUACUAAUGUCCGAUGGAAGGACAGCUUAUUACGGAACUAUCGAUGACGCUACCAACUUUUUCUCCAGAUCUGAAGUUUCUAACAAACUUAGCCUAGGUUACGAGUGUCCGAUCGGCUUCGCCGAGUCCGAAUACUACAUCAAAUUACUAUCACCUAAAUAUCCUGACACCUCAUCGAUCGAUUCCACCCGCGACGAAUCCAAAGAAUGCAUCGAUAAAAUAUGUCGAGCAUUUCUGCAGUCUUCCUCAGAAAUAUUUCCAAGAAUCACAAGUACGACACACCUUGAAAUCGAACCUCAAAGAAAAGCUGGUUAUGUCGCGCAGUUUUAUUGGUUAAGCUGGAGAAUAUGGAUCGAAAAUCUAAGGACAAUUUUCUCGGACUGGUUUUCGUGGCUGUGCUAUUUUGUGAGCUACAAAAUUAUAUUUUUGUCGAUGAUGAUGGUGGUGACUUUUUACAUCGGGACUAAUCCACGCACCCAAGAGGGUGUGCAAAACGCACGGGGUGCAUUGUACAUGAUGAGUUCCGAAAUUUCUUUCGCUGUAGCUUAUUCGGUGCUGUAUGAACUUCCUGGACAACUCUUAAUUUUUCAACGGGAGAACGGCGUUUACGAUACGGGCCCCUUUUACUUCUCUACCUUCCUUUCACAGAUACCAAAGGCAAUUCUGAAGGCGUUCAUAUUCACAACAGUGAUGUUUCUGAUACUAAUCACUCCCCUGGAGUUUGUAAACUUUUUGUUUUAUUGCCUGGCUACAUCAGUGGCCGCGAUUUGUGGCAUAUCGUACGGUUUGGUAUUUUCUAGCUGGUUCGACGACGUGGACGUAGUCACAUCCAUCAUGGUGCCUAUCGAUAUGAUGUUCCUAUUGACCGCUGGAAUGUUUUAUAAUCUCAGGCUGCGAGUAUAUCAGGCUAUUGUUGAUGUUUCCAGGUCGCUGCCCACGUAUCUGACGUGUUUCAAAUAUUUCUCGAUGUUCUUUUACCUGAACGAAGCUCUUUCUAUAAUUUAUUGGUCGCGUGUGGACGACAUCGAAUGUCAAUCAUCCAGCGAUUUGCCCUGUUUUCGAAAUGGAACAGAAGUCAUGUUAGAGUACGGUUUCGGAAACUCCAGCUACUGGUGGGAUUUAAUUGGUCUCGCAGUUUUAACAAUUUUCUUGUAUCUCGUUGGAUAUCUCGGUUUACGCAGAAGAAGAAAAGUUGGAGCGUUUUGAAUAUUUAUAACAAAUACAU